CUUCUAUUCACAGCCUGCCUCUUCCACGACAUGGGAACCUGCGAAGCCUGCAACGGCCCCCAGCGCUUCGAGGUCGAGGGUGCGGAUGCCGCCUCCGCAUUCAUAACCUCGCACUCCCCUAACACCUCCCGGAACGACGUGCACGAAGUCUGGAUGGCGAUCGCGGCGCACACCUCGCCCGGCAUCGCCGAGCGCAUCGCUGUUCUUGCGCGGCUCGUACGCUUCGCGGUACUCGCCGACUUCAAGAAGCCGCAUCCAGACGGCCAUGUGGAUGUGAAGGAUAUCGAGAGCGCGGAAAAGGCGUUCCCGCGCGGCGAGAUUGAGAAGGUGCUGGGCGACGCGGUGGCCGAGCAGGCGGAGAGAUAUGAUCAACCAGAGAGGAAAGCGCCAAAUUUUUCGUGGCCGUGGAGGCUCUUGCAGUCGAGGAGGGAUAACCCGGAAUGGACGGGGGUGAACAAGGGGUUCUGA